CCUUCCGCUGGAAACCCAAUUUCCAAACCCUAGCUACAAACCGCAUAAUUCCCGCACGAUUCCCGAACUACUAACAAUCCCAGCGCACGUUAGUCCUCUCCCUCGCUUUCCUGCUUACCGUCUCUCUCCUCGCUUUACCAUCACACGCUCGCCAUGCUCAUUCACACCUCUCCCUCCCCUCUCCCCCGCGAAGUCUUCCCUUUGCCUCUCUCCCCUUCUCUGCCCCCCACUCACGUGCCUCACGCACGUGCGAACUCGCCCUCCUUCGGCUCCUUCCCCCCCUUUAUACCCGGCCCCCCUUGGACCGACCUAGGACUUGGCUCCCACGUCGCCUUCGCGCCCGGGCGACGACGGCCUGAAAUCCUAGCCGCCCGCCCCCAUGGACCCGCGGCGCCACCACAAGAAUCCAAGCAACGGCCUCUCCUACUCCAAACUCUUCGAUCUCGAGUCUUUGAUGAACUUUCAAGUUCCCCAGCCAGAAGAUGAUUUUGAUAAUUACGGCUAUAGUAGUCUGGAUGAGAGCAGAAGUAGUGAAGGUCAAGGCGCCAUGCUGGACUGUUGUAAUGGAGCCAUCAUCACUAGGUCUUCAGGCUUGAGUAGGAGGCGGAAGAGGCGUUUAGUUGAGACUGAGGCUGCUUUGAACUCUUCCAUGCAGAAAGAUGCUGAUAGCAAUGAUGAGGAUGAUGAGCAGUAUGAAUCGCGAAUCACUGAGGAUCAGUACCGUGCAAUGCUUGGUGAGCAUAUACAAAAGUAUAGGAGAGUGAGGUUUCGGGAUUCCUCAUCAGGGUUGGCUUCUGCUCGGAUGGCAAUGCAAUGUCCAAAACGCAAUCAUAGUGCAAAGGUGGGGAAGUUCAGUAGUGAGCCUAUACUUUCUGCUAAGGAAGAGGUAGCACUGCAUGAGAUUGAAAGGUCACUGGAGCAUUAUGAAGCAGAUUUUGAUUCGGAAUAUUGUGGGGGAAGCAGGUUUGCUUCAUCUCUUGAUUCGGCUUAUUUAGAUAUCGGGGAGGGUAUCACAUAUAGGAUACCUCCAACUUAUGAUCAGCUUGUGACUACCCUAAAUCUGCCAAGUUUUUCAGACAUUUGGGUAGAGGAGCAUUUCCUAAAGGGUACAUUGGAUUUACGAUCUCUGGCAACUAUGGUUGCCACAGAUCGAAGGUUUGAGGCUCGGAAUCGAAGUUGGUUGGCUGAGCCUCAACCACAGUAUGAAUCACUUCAGGCCAGGUUAAAAGCACUUUCAUCUGGAAAUUUGAAUCAGAAGUUCACUCUUCAAGUAUGUGAUGUUGGCCUGGAUCCCUUUUCAGUUCCAGAAGGAGCAGCUGGGAGGAUACGACGGUCGAUUACAUCUGAAUCUGGUACCUUACAGGUUUAUUAUGUUAAAGUCUUGGAAAAGGGAGACACAUAUGAGAUUAUUGAGCGCAGCUUGCCUAAGAAGCAAAUAGUGAAGAAAGAUCCUUCAGUAAUUGAGAAAGAGGAGCUGGAGAAGAUUGGGAAAGUCUGGGUUAAUAUUGCGAGACGAGACAUUCCAAAGUAUCAUAGGUUAUUUACUAAUUUUCACAAGAAACAGCUUGCUGAUGCCAAGCGCUUUUCAGAGACCUGCCAAAGAGAGGUAAAAUUGAAGGUGAGCAGGUCACUCAAAUUGAUGAGAGGUGCUGCAAUCCGUACUAGAAAGCUUGCUAGGGACAUGCUAAUAUUCUGGAAAAGAGUGGAUAAGGAGCAGGCGGAACUGAGGAAGAAAGAAGAAAGGGAUGCAGCUGAAGCACUGAAGCGUGAGGAAGAGCUCCGUGAAGCAAAGAGACAGCAGCAGAGGCUCAACUUUCUCUUAUCACAAACAGAACUGUAUAGUCAUUUUAUGCAGAAUAAAUCUACUGCACAACCUGCCGAAAUCUUAUCUCUGGCACAAGAUGAAUCUAAAGCUCCAGAAGUGGCACCAAUCCUUGGAGAUGUCAAACCAGAAGAGGAAGAAGAUCCUGAGGAAGCUGAAUUAAAAAGAGAAGCUUUGAGGACAGCUCAACAAGCUGUCUCCCAGCAAAAGAAGAUAACAAACGAAUUUGAUAACGAAUGUUUGAAGCUGCGUCAAGCUGCUGAAGCUAUUGCUCCAGCAGAUGAUUCAUCCAUUGCAGGGUCUAGUGACAUAGACCUACUUAACCCCUCGACCAUGCCCGUAAAAUCGACUGUGCAGACGCCAGAGUUGUUCAAAGGCACUCUUAAAGAAUAUCAGUUAAAGGGAUUGCAGUGGCUGGUUAAUUGUUAUGAGCAGGGUUUGAAUGGUAUCCUCGCUGAUGAAAUGGGCCUUGGAAAGACCAUCCAAGCAAUGGCAUUCUUGGCUCAUUUAGCUGAGGAGAAGAAUAUAUGGGGUCCCUUUCUGGUGGUUGCACCAUCAUCUGUCUUGAACAAUUGGGCUGAUGAAAUUAGUAGAUUUUGUCCUGAUCUGAAAACACUUCCAUACUGGGGUGGGCUUCAAGAAAGAAUGGUACUUAGAAAAAAUAUCAACCCUAAGCGACUAUAUCGAAGGGAGGCUGGGUUUCACAUACUAAUUACUAGCUACCAGUUGCUUGUGACUGAUGAAAAGUACUUACGGCGUGUGAAAUGGCAGUAUAUGGUGUUAGAUGAAGCCCAGGCAAUAAAGAGUUCAAACAGUAUUCGGUGGAAGACAUUACUCAGCUUUAACUGUAGAAAUCGCUUGCUGCUGACUGGAACGCCCAUACAAAAUAACAUGGCUGAACUGUGGGCUCUUCUUCAUUUCAUUAUGCCUACUUUGUUUGACAGCCAUGAGCAGUUCAAUGAAUGGUUUUCAAAAGGAAUUGAGAGCCAUGCAGAACAUGGAGGCACUCUGAAUGAGCAUCAGCUUAAUAGACUGCAUGCAGUUCUAAAGCCUUUUAUGUUGCGUCGGGUUAAGAAAGAUGUCAUAACAGAGAUGACUGGGAAGACAGAAGUCACAGUUCACUGUAAUUUGAGUUCCCGGCAGCAAGCUUUUUAUCGAGCUAUAAAGAACAAGAUAUCCCUAGCUGAGCUGUUUGAUGGUAGUCGUGGUCAUCUAAAUGAGAAGAAGAUGGUUAAUUUGAUGAACAUAGUUAUUCAAUUACGAAAGGUGUGCAACCAUCCGGAGUUAUUUGAGCGUAAUGAGGGAAGUUCAUAUUUUUACUUUGCGGAUAUCCCAAAUUCUCUUCUUCCUCCUCCAUUUGGGGAACUGGAAGAUAUACACUAUGCAGGAGAUUGGAAUCCUAUAACAUAUAAGGUGCCUAAGUUGGUCCAUCGAGAGAUCAUCCAAAAUGCUGAAAUGCCAUCUUCAGUUUUUGGGAAUGACAUUCAGCAUGGGUCUUUCAGGAGACUCUUUAAUAUAUUUUCACCAGAUAUCAUUUAUCAGUCUACAGUGCCAAAAUAUGGAUGCUCAAAUGAGUCUUGCAUGAGUACUGGAGCUUUUGGAUUUACUCGUUUGAUAAAUUUAUCCGUGGCAGAAGCUUCGUUUUUAGCUAAUUGUUCUGUACUUGAAAGGUUGGUAUUUUCUGUAAUGAGGUGGGAUAGACAGUUUAUUGAUGAUUUGUUGGACCUAUCCAUGUAUCCAGAAGGUGAUGAUCUUCAAUACAAUCACCUGGGUAAAGAAACAGUAAGGGCUGUCGCACGGAUGUUGCUGCUGCCAACAAAAUCUGAGGCAAGCUUACUGAGAAGAAGGCUUGCAACCGGUCCAGGUGAUGACCCAUAUGAGGCAUUAGUCACCUCUCAUCAGGAUAGAUUCAUAUCCAAUAUCAGACUUCUGCAUGCAGUAUAUACUUUCAUUCCACGAGCCAGAGCUCCACCUAUUAAUGCUCGCUGCUCUAACAGGAGCUUUGCCUACCAAAUGGUUGAGGAAUUUCACCAUCCUUGGACAAAAAAACUGUUUGUUGGAUUUGCUCGUACUUCUGAGUUUAAUGGUCCCCGAAAGCCUAUUGAUCCUCAUCAUUUAAUAGAAGAGAUGUCUUCAGAGUCACAUGGUCAGCCUCUUCUUGAGCUCCCAUACAGCAUAUUUGGUUCCUCUCCACCGAUGCGAAGCUUCGAUCCUGCUAAAAUGCUCACGGAUUCUGGAAAGCUUCAGACACUGGAUAUAUUAUUGAAACGCCUUCGGGCCGAAAAUCAUCGCGUGCUUUUGUUUGCACAAAUGACAAAAAUGUUGAAUAUUCUUGAGGAUUAUAUGAAUUACAGAAAAUACAAAUAUUUUAGACUUGAUGGAUCAUCUGGUAUCAUGGAUCGCCGUGACAUGGUUAGAGACUUCCAGCGUCGGAAUGACAUUUUUGUAUUCCUGCUGAGCACUAGAGCUGGAGGACUUGGAAUCAAUCUGACAGCUGCUGACACUGUAAUCUUCUAUGAAAGUGACUGGAAUCCAACAUUAGAUCUACAGGCAAUGGAUAGGGCACAUCGGCUGGGGCAGACAAAGGAGGUUACUGUUUAUAGACUAAUAUGCAAGGAGACAGUUGAAGAAAAGAUUUUGCAAAGAGCAAGCCAGAAGAAUACUGUACAACAGCUGGUCAUGACAGGCGGCCAUGUGCAGGGUGAAAUUUUGAAGCCUGAGGAUGUUGUUUCUCUACUUCUUGAUGAUGCGCAGUUAGAGCAGAAACUGAGAGAAAUACCCCUGCAGGCCAAGGACAGGCAGAAGAAAAAACGAGUAACAAAAGGUAUACGUGUAGAUGCAGAAGGUGAUGUGUCUUUGGAAGACUUCACACAGGACGCAGAAUAUGAACCAGAGAAUCCAACUAACAAAAAGAGGAAAUCAGAUUCUCAAAAGAAAACUCCUCCAAAGCCACAGAAUUCUCUGAAAACUGCCAAGCAUGCAGAUCUGCCUGUGGAGAUGGAUGAACCAAGCCCAAGUGGAUACGAGGGUCAGGGCAUGCAACAGAGGCUAAAAAGACCGAAGAGGCCUACGAAGAGUGUCAAUGAGAACCUUGAACCUGCUUUCAACUCCACGGCCGGCACACUCACCACUAACUCUUUCCAGUAUCAGCCAUCAUCAUAUGAAUUUAACCCUGGUGACUAUGGGGCUGGUGUACAGGAAGAAGUGCCAUUUCAUGCUCAUUCUCCAGCAUGAUCGAAAGCAUCGAGCCUAUCUUAGGGUAGUCCUAAGGAUAAUUUGCAUGGAGAUCCACGAGUAAUCAUGCAUUCCUAGCAGUACGGUUGGGCCUCAGGCUCUAUAGGCGAGGGUUGCUUGCCUUCCAGAGAGCAUUGCAAUCUUUGGCAUUGUACAAGCUUGCCUAUGGUCAUCUGGAAUCAGGAAAUGAUUAUUAGCCUAUAGUUGGCAUUGGCACAGUAAAUAGUGAUGUACAUGUUGGAGUCUUCAGAGUCAGUUGAUGCUCAGAUGAGGUAUGAAGUGUAUUAUUGGUUACAUUUAAUAUUUUUUUUGGUGAUAAUGUUGAAAGUUUUGGUUUUGUUACACCGAAAUCCAUCAAUAUUUCCCGCUGGUAGAAAGGGCAUGUGGGGCUGCUGUGUGAAUAAGCAUUACAAGUGAUAAGUUCUAACUAAUGACUGGAAUAUUUUGUAGUUCUAUCCUGUAUAUGAUUCUUGAGGUAUAUUUUCUUGUAUUAGUAUUUGUGUAAAAUGGUGGUGUUUCUAUGUAUAUCGGGAUUAACA